AUGCCAAAGCGCAAGCAGAUUCGUGCGGAAGGCCGAGGUACAUCGGAUGACACGGAUGAUUCUAGCAACGAAAGCGGGAGCCCUUCAGACAGGCCGGAUGGAAAGAGAGUCAGAUGGCAAGGCAAAGGCGGGUUGACGCUUCAGGACGAAUACUCAGAGGCAAGUUCGGACGAAGAGGUUUCCGAACCCUCUGAAAAGACCCAACAGACCUGCCUAGCUGCUCUGUGCUCUCACGGCAGCCUCGGAUGCGCAUACUACGACCCAAAUACAAGGGUGCUGUCCCUCCUAGAAGACACACAGGACACUCUACACUUCGAUCUUACACAAAUGUUGCUGGAACAAGUCAAUGCGGACGUCGUUUUGACAAGCACCAGGUCAGACGACGAAUUCAUUGAUGCGUUGAACGGUCACAUGGAAGGGAAGGAUUCCCUGUUUCAAAUCCGCCCUUGCAAAGAUUUCGCGGCUUCUAAGGGAAAGAGUAGACUUUUAUCGCUGAGCCGUUUUGCCACACUAGCAUCCGACGACCAUGUCCUUCCACCAUCUUCUGACACUGGCUCAGACUCCUCUCGCGACCGUCCUCACAAUGCUUAUGAUUUCAUGCGGUCGAGACGUGAGGUAACAGGCGACCCAACGGCCAAACGCUGGAAUGCCUCCGUUAGGUUGUCCAACUUCGCUUCAGUUGACUCUGCCCCUCUUUGUAUGGCUUCUGUUGGCGCACUUCUGGAUCAUAUCGUUCGAGAACGUGCCUCAACCGAUUUCGAUGACGACGGCGUUGGCAGUCUGGAUAUCUGCGAUAUAGAGAUUUUAUCGCUAGAUCAAGUAAUGCAAAUAAAUGCAGAUGCCCUGCUGUCUCUCCAAGUAUUUGAAAAUGAAAGUCAUGCUUCUGUUCACUCUGACAAGACGAAAGAAGGCUUGUCGCUCUUCGGGAUUUUGAACAAUACCAAGACCACCUUGGGUCGUACUCUUCUCAGGACAUGGCUACUGAGGCCUUCGCUAUCCCUACAAGUUAUUCGUGAUCGUUUAGAUGCCGUGGGAUGCUUCGUGCGACCCGAAAAUCUAUCCUCAGCUAGCCUCCUCCGAACGCAUCUCAAGGGUCUCAAAAAUAUACCCAGAAUCAUGGGUUUGAUGAGGACUGGGAAAUCCAAACUAGUAGACUGGCAAGGUCUUGUCAAGUUUACAUACCACGCAACAAUGCUCAGAGACUCAUUGUCUGAGCUGCAUGAGGCAAGUGGAAUCGACGUUGUGAAAAAGCUCAUUCGAGCCUUGGACACUGCAACUUUCAAGGAGUUGGGUAGCAGAAUCAACGAGAUCAUUGAUUGGGAAGAAUCUUCCACCAAUGAACGUGUAUGCGUGCGACCUCAUAUCGAUGAAGACCUGGACAACAGAAAGCAUGUUUAUCACGGGAUCGAUUCAAUUCUGUCAACCGUUGCAGAACAAAUUGCCGAUACCGUCCCACCCGAUUUCGCGGCCUCUCUCAAUGUUGUCUACUUCCCUCAGCUAGGUUAUCUCAUAUGUGUCCCGAUGUUAGAGGAAUGGCGCUCAGAGGCUGGCAUUCAACCAAUUGAGGGUUGGUCAUUUCAAUUCUCUUCUGAGUAUAUUCCAGUUUCUUCUUAA